AUGAGGUUUCCAAGCCCAGGCCCCGAGGCCCGAGGGUGACUGGGCUGACAAGGGUUGAGGCCCUUGUUCUCCUCUCCUCUCCCCUUCCCCAGAGACCUUGCAAGUUUGCAACUCUGCCUCCAGCCCAGCGCCCAACCGAUCGCACGUCCAACAAACCCCACGACAGGGCACCACCCGCUGGGAAACGAUCCCAUCUCGUCUUUCUCGACACCCGGGGGCGGGAGAUGGGACUCAGCGGCCCGGCGCGCAAAUGAGCUCACACCACCACCCAACAGACCCGCAACCGAGACAGCAGCAGUCCGGCACCCCGUCGCCGCCACCGCAACCUCCUCCUCCCCAUCCCCGCCGCCAGAUCUCCGCCGCACGCCAGAGGCAGCUGGCCUCGCUUGUCGAGGAGCAGCCGGGCCUCGAGGUCUGCCAGCCCCCGCCCCCGGCGCAGGCCCGAGACCGGGUCCGCGACCGAGCCGCCGAGGCCGCGCCCGAGCCGGCGGCCAGCUGGCCCGACAGCGACGACGCCGGUCCGCUGCAGUACACGUUCUACAGGGAGGGGACUCCGACGCCGCCUGAGUACGCGGGCGAUGAGGAGAAGGGCGUAGGCGGGAGGGCUGGGGCCAAGGCCGGGAGCUCAGCGGCUGCUGCUGCUGCUGCUGCGGCGGCGGCAGCGGCGGCGGCGCUGGAGACGGCCUUGUCCAUUGAGCCGAAGGAACCGAGACCGCAGAGGAGGAGGAUAUGUGGGCUGAGGAGAGGGCUGUUUUGGCUGGUGGUGUCCAUCAUCCUUCUGGCGGUUGGGGUAGCUAUUGGUGUUGGUGUUGGCGUUGGACUUGGCGUGGGGAGGAACAGAUCGGUAGCGUCUGCUAGCACCUCCAGCGCCACGACUGCGAACAGCCCGAUCACCACGUCGACACCUUCUCCCACGUCGACGGCUGCCUCGUCGACAGCUGCAGCUUCGGAUUCGACGACCUGCCCUGGCGCAAACAAUACCAUAUACAAGGUACCCGCCUCGGACAAGCGGUUCCUGCGGAUAUGUGGCCUGGACUUCAGCGGGGCUCAGGGAGCGGUGGACCUGAAGAACGUGCCGACGCGCAGCUUUGCCGACUGCAUGGACAACUGCGCCGGCACGAGAGGCUGUACCGGUUGCGGGUGGGGAUUCAUGGAGGGCGAUACCGCGGAUGAGCAUUCGUGCUGGAUGAAGACCGGUCUGCAAAACCCUCACACGGUUCGGCCGGGUUGGUCCUUUGCUGUCUUGCAGUAGAGCCGGAUGGGUCAGCAGAAAGAGAGAGCGUUAGAGUGGAAGAAUACCCCGAGCCAGAUUACUCUCUGCAUACUAGUUUAAUGAUAAUGUUUCAUACUCCCA